GCUGGGCUCGGAGCGCGCGGGACUCAUCCUGCUCGGAGAGCCGCGCGGGGAAUCGCUCCGGAGCCGCCGCGAGCGCACAAAUCAUCCAGGCUGUGGAACCGGGGAAGGAGGCGCCGCCGUUGCCGGGUCUCGUCUGGAGGAAGCUCAGCCAGCCGUGAGCCAUGAGCCAUCGGGCCCCGGGAGCCCGGCCGCGGUCCGGGCAGCGCUCCCCCGGCGCUCCGGCCCGGGCGGCCGCAGCUGCGCGCCUGUAGCUGCAGGGAGCUGCGAUGGGAGCGGAGCCAUGAAUGGUGCGAGCCCCGGCGGCGCCCGCAGCCCGGCCCGGAUCCCCGACUGGCGGCAGUUCUGCGAGCUGCAGGCGCAGGCGGCCGCCGCGGACUUCGCGCUCGAGUUCUGCCGCUUCCUGCGGGACCAUCCGGCCCACGACGGCCCGGACGCGGGCGCCGCGUUCGCCCGCCACUUCGCCCGGAGCUUCCUGGACGCGUUCGGCGCGGAGGUGCGGCGCGUGCGGGGCAGCACGGACGAGGACGCGGCGGCGGCGGAGGAGGAGGAGGCGGGCGCGGCGGAGCCGCUCCGGGCGCGCGGCCGCUGGCGCAGCUCCGAGGACCUGGCGGACGGGGCGGACGCGGCGGUGCCCCGCGCCCGCGGGCGCAAGGGCUUCUCGCUGCGCCACCUCGGGCUGUGCGUGGCCGACGGCGUGCGCGACCUGUGGCAUCGGCGCGCCGAGCCCGACGCGGGGCCCCCCGAGUCCCGGGAGCGCGGCGAGCGGCGGGCGCGGCGCCUGCGGCUGCCCCGGGCGCUGGCCGGCAGGGCAGAGCCGGCGGACGUCCAGCGCGAGGGCGCGCUGCGCUUCAUGGUGGCCGACGACGCGGGGCCCGGCGCCGCGCAGUGGCACCGCUGCCGCCUGCUGCUGCGCAGGGCGGGCGCCGCCGCCGGGGAGCGCUUCCGCCUGGAGUUCUUCGUGCCGCCCAAGGCCUCCAGGCCAAAGGUGAGCAUCCCCCUGUCGGCCAUCAUGGAGGUGCGGACCACCAUGCCCCUGGAGAUGCCUGAGAAGGACAACACGUUCGUGCUCAAGGUGGAGAAUGGAGCCGAGUACAUCCUGGAGACCAUUGACUCCCUGCAGAAGCACUCGUGGGUGGCUGACAUCCAGGGCUGUGUGGAUCCUGGUGACUGUGAGGAAGACCUCGAGGUGGCCUGCUCCCAGGGAGGCUGCUUGGCCAGCCGUGUGGCCUCCUGCAGCUGUGAGCUCCUGACGGAAGACCCGCCGCGGCCCCCAGAGACAGCGGCCGCCGUGGUGACUGCCCCACAUGGCCGGGUCCGAGACACUGUGGGAGAGUCCCUGCUCCACGUCCCACUACAGACCUUCCUGCAGACCCUGCAGUCCCCAGGCGGCAGCGGAGGCAAUGACAGCAGUGCAGGGGAGGAAGGCGUGGAGCCAGACCCUGAAGCUGAGCCGGGCCUGGAGCUCUCCAACUACCCCUGGUUCCAUGGGACCCUGUCUCGGGUCAAGGCCGCUCAGCUGGUGCUGGCAGGAGGGCCCCGGAGCCACGGCCUCUUCGUGAUCCGCCAAAGCGAAACGAGGCCUGGGGAGUACGUGCUGACCUUCAACUUCCAGGGCAAGGCCAAGCACCUUCGUCUGUCCCUGAACGGCCACGGCCAGUGCCAUGUGCAACACCUGUGGUUCCAGUCUGUGCUUGACAUGCUCCGCCACUUCCACACCCACCCCAUCCCACUGGAGUCUGGGGGCUCUGCCGAUAUCACCCUGCGCAGCUAUGUCCGGGCCCAGGGCCCACUACCUGACCCGGGGCCAUCGCCCAGUGGCGUCGCGCCCGCGGCCCCCGGCUGCUGGGCCGAGCCCGCCGGCCAGCACUACUUCUCCAGCCUGGCCGCGGCCGCCUGCCCGCCCGCCUCGCCCUCGGAGGCCCCCGGAGGAGCCUCCUCUUCGUCCACCUCGUCGGCCUCCACCGCCUCCGUGCCUGCGCCUCCGCGCGCCGCCGAGGGUCCGCUCAGCGCGCGCAGUCGCAGCAACAGCGCCGAGCGCCUGCUGGAGGCCGCGGCCGGGGCCAGCGAUGAGCCCGCGGAGGGAGCGCCCGGCCGUGCGCGCGCCGUGGAGAAUCAGUACUCCUUCUACUAGGGCCCAAGGCGGCUCGGCCCCGCCUGCCCGGGACAAGCCGGGCUCUUUCGCGGCACUGCCGCCUGUCUGCGGUAGGCCACGCCCUAUCAGCGGAACGGCCCGCCUACCCGGCGAAGGCCGCCCAUUGGCCGCAUGACCUGCUUAUCUGCGGUAGGCCGCGUCCGAUUGGCAUGUAGGACCGCCCACCCGUGGCGGGCCGCGCCCACAGGCCCCAGCCUCAGGCUGUGGUGAAAGGAAGCUCUUCAGUGAAGACAAAUGUUUAUUAAAGAGCCUGUUUUAGGGACUA